AUGGACCUAUUCGGCGGCAGUCCUGAGCCAGAAGCCUCAGGAAGUGGUACUCUGAACAUCAAUGAAGGCUACGCCUCUCGUUUCCAGCAUAACCAUGAGCGAGCCGAACUGCAUCGCCUUCAAGAGAAGUACGGGGCUGCCGCCGCCGAUAUCCUUGCUGGCAAUCGAGUCGCGAGGGACGAUGAUGAUGAUGAAGACGAAGACGACUCGAGCGAUAAUGAGACGGAAGACGAAGAAGGUGAGCAAGUCACAGCAGAGGUGGACGCUGCCAUCUUGCGUACACUGGCCAAGAUCCGCAGCGGAGAUGCUUCCAUCUACGAUUCAGAGAAGCGCGUCUUCGAUGAGGAGAAGGCCCUCGCCGCUGCUUCGGCGUUGCUCCCCAAAGCUACGCGUGAGAAGGUGGGAAAGAAGGUGACGCUGGCCGACUACCAGAGGGAAAGGAUGAGGGACCUGAUGAAGACGGCAGAGGACCCCGCAGCCGCUUUGGCGGAAGCGACGACCUCAAGAACGAGGCAGGACGAGAUGGAUGACGAGGAUCAAGAGGGCCAACAACCUCUGUCCCACGUACAGGAGCAGGAGGCCCUGCGGAAGCAGGUCACGCAGGCUUUCCAUACGAUUGGAGAUGACGAGGAGAGCGAGGCGGCAGAUGGUUUUUUCACCCGUCGGGACGAGGAUAAUGAGGAAGAUCCAGAGGCCUACAGAAAAUACCUGCUCGCCAAUCUGGGAUCCAAGAAGGCGCAACAGGCUGUUCGAGAGGCGUUGCGAUACGAGGCCGCGGGAUCUUCACCAGCAGCGGGCCCAUCUUCUAGCGCCGCCGAGCAAGAGACAGAGCCGAGCACAGCAGCCGCAGAUACAAGCAUCAAGAAGGAGAAGAAGCAACGCAAAUCAGCCAAGAGUGAGGCGCAGUCCAACGAGGACUUUCUCAUGAAUUACAUACUCAACCGCGGAUGGAUGGACAAGCCGCACGCAGCGCCAAAGCUCACGCGUCGUCCAGCGCGACCGCAAGAGAGCGAGGAUGAAAAUGGUCAACCGUCCACCGCUGCCAAAGCCACAGUCAACGGAGAUGCACCACGUGACUGGGAUGCCGAAGCGGCUCAGCUUCUGUCCGACGACGAUGAAGAAGAUGACUUCGACAAUCGAGCCGAAGCCUUCGAGCAAGCCUUCAAUUUCCGCUACGAGGCUCUAGAAGCCGGCGCUGCCCCCGCUCAAGUCACCUCAUACGCCCGCGGCAAGGACGCUCAGCAGAAUUCUGUUCGUCGAGUGGAGGACAAGCGCAAGAAGGAACGCGAGGAGCGCAAAGCUCGUAAAGAGGCUGAGAAGCUUGCGAAGCGCCAGGAGCUGGAUAGGAUGAGAGAUCUGCAGCGCAAAGGUCUGAGGGAGAAGUUGAAGCAAUUGAGAGAGGCGGCUGGGAGUCACAGGAUUGAUUUCGACCCCGACAAGUUGGAAGGCGACUUUGAUCCUGAAGCGCAUGACCGAAUGAUGGCGGUAUUCGGGGAUGCCUACUAUGACGAGGAGGGAGAUGACGGGGUGGACAUGGGCGAGGGAGGCAAGCCAACUUGGGCGGACGAUAUUGAUAUCGACGACAUCCUAGCGGAUGAAGAGAAGGAGGAAGCAGAAGCUACAGCAAGUGGGAAGAAGACUAAAGGCAAGAAGAGUAAGAAGGGCGACCUCGACAUGGAUGCCGACUUCCUCGAUGGUGCCGAUGGCGAGGUGGACGAUGAGGCUGCUGAUGACGGGAAGCUUUCAAAGAAGGAGCGCAAGAAGCUCAAGAAAAAGGCCAAGCGAGCAGAGAAGACUGGCGCUACUACUACCGUCGACCCUAUCGCCUCCUCCUCGACAGGCCCCGUCGAACCGCUUCCUCAGACUGACGCAGAGCGCAAAGCUGCGGCUGCCCGCCUCGUUGAACAGUACCGCGACCUAGACUACGAAGACGUGAUCGGCGGCGACCUUCCUACGCGCUUCCACUACACCACCGUCCCUAAGACGAAUUACGGCAUGUCCGCCGUGGAAAUCCUGCUUGCCGACGACAAGGACCUCAACGAUGUCGUUGGCUUGAAGCAGAUGCAGCCUUACAGAAGGGGUGCGGAGAGGAUGGAGGGCAAGAGGUCGAAGGAGCUCAAUCGCCGGCUCAAGGAGUUCAGGAGGAAGCUUGACAGAGGCGAGGAGGAUGCUGGGGCUGCAGCACUCGAGGGUAGGGUGAGGGAUAGCGGGUACAAGAAGAGGAAGGCGGAUGGUGCAGACGGUGGGGAAAGACCGCCAGCAAAGAAGAGGAUGGGCAAGAAGGAAAGGGCAAAGGCUGCCAAGGCAGCUGCUGAAGCCGACGCUGUGGAGCAGAAAGCUGUCAAAUUGGAGCAGCCGAAUCGCAACGGCGAGGAGAAUGAGGAAAGCAAGGAAGACAAGCGACGUCGCAAGGAAGAGAAGAAGGCGCGCAAGCAGGCCAAAGCCGAGGCAGAGGGAGCUGAGGCUCCUCAGGCCAAGAAGCAAAAGGUUGCUUGAUGUAGCUUCCGCAUUCCAGUCAAAUGAUAUCAUUCAGCUUCUCUCGCAAUGACUGGGUGACGUCUCUCCUCUCAAGCAUCCUCCACAGGUACUUUGUCAUCCUCCUCGCCCUGCCUCCUCCCCACCUUGACAACAGUUUCCUCCUGACCAGUCACCCCCGCCGGCUGAUCUCCAUUCUCCAUCGCCUCCUGCGUCAAGCCGAACCUCCUCUUGACCAUCUCUAUCUCGUGGGCAUCCCCGGUGUUUUUGGUCAACUCGUCGCUGAUCUUAACGGCCGCACGAUCUUUGACAGUGGAGAGCUUGAUGACGAUGUUGAGGGGCUUGGACACUGGAAGGUCUGAGGAGGGCGGCGGACCAUCCGGGUCUUGCAAGUCGUCUGGUGAUGGGGUUGAUUGGCGGAAGUCGUUGGUCAAGAAG